GUUACCCCCGGGCUCCCGUGUGAGACUCUCCGGUGCAGGCCGUGACCGCACCACCCGGGGACACUCAUGUCUUCACCAACACCCACUUGCUGUCACACGGAGCUCGGGCUAAGGGAAGUGCGACGAGGUUUAACUAUAUAAAUAUGAAGUACAAUAUUUUACAUUGUUCUCCAGCCGUGAAGUAGCAGAAAUAAUAUUUCUAUGGUGAAGAUUUUAUUGUAACUUCUUCAAUGCCAAACAAAGAGGAACCUCCGUUCUUUAACGAAGAUAAUUUUGGGUCUUUUCACCAUAAGCUGCCUGUCUAUGAGACAAUGGAGCUCUUCAUUGAAACGCUUACAGGAACAUGCUUUGAAUUACGAGUGUCACCGUUUGAAACUGUGGUUUGCUUGAAAGCCAAAAUCCAAAGGCUGGAAGGAAUCCCAAUUUCUCAACAGCAUUUAAUCUGGAACAAUGUAGAACUGCAGGAUGAAUUCUCCUUAAGAGAUUACAACAUUUCUGAGGGCUGCACACUGAAGCUGGUACUGUCUAUGAGAGGAGGUCCAGUAAACACGCGCAGAGUGGCACUAGAGGACCCAAUCAGGGAAAUAGCUGAGUACAUGGACUCCUAUCGAGAUGACCUGCGGGAAAAAGCUUCGGAUAAACAGGUGACAUUUCUUGUGUAUCGGGAAGGAGACCAGCUGAAUUUCUUUCGGAUUGUAGACAAAGAUGGCUCGCUCACACCGCUGUCUGAAUCCCUCAGCAGAGGUUCCAUUAAUAACUUGUACACAGAAGAAGAUGAUGACGUUGAGGCUUCUCCAUCAGGUCAACAUAUUUUAGAAAAUGCAAUCACAAUGAACAAAGUCAAGCUGUUGAAAUCAAAGAUGGAGAAAAUGAACCUCAAUAAAAAGCCUAAGAAGAAGCUGAAGCCCAGAUCCCCUGUGACUCAUCAUUCCUCAAAUAAUUCAGUAGCGUCUGCUCGUCAGAAGCUUCUUAGGGUUCUCCCAGCCAUUGGACAGUCCUGCCUACCUCCUGUGAGUCCACAUCCUUCUAAGUCUUCCCACAAUGCACCUCAUACUGAAUUGGACGCUGCUAGGACAAGGACAAUGUCACCCGUUGGUUCAAAAUCUCUAAACCAAGACAGCAUUUCUGAUAAUGUGGCAUCUCCUACAAUCUGUAGUAUUGGGUUACCACCCAAAAUAUCCCGUGUAGACUUAGAAGGUACACAACACAGUAGAAGUAAAGCUCUGCAACCUCUUGCAUCAUUAGCCAUGGAAGAUUCUUUGACAGUUGAGAAUAGUUCCAUUCUACAUAACAAUCUAAACCUAUUUUCUUCUAAUGAUUCUGCAAGGCCGAUCACAGAUUCCUUCACUCUGUUCAGUCAGGUAAAACCUGAUGAUCCAUUUGGGGAGUUGUGCAGUUUGGAAAAAGUGAGCACAGAGUUUGGAUUCGCUGAUGGAAACCACGACUCUCCCACCAUUGACGCACACCAUAAAACCAUUUCUAAAGCUCUGAACACUGAAAGGAUGCAGACAGGAAUAGUAAACACUAGUGAGCUAAGCUCUCCAAGAAGCAGUCUCCUGCCACCCCUGCAUUACCCAUCACAGGUGGCACAUAACUCCUUCCACAAACCACGCCACCCCAAAUGCAUUGAGUUGGAAAGCUUGAGGCCUGCUAGCCCACAAAGACUGUUUAGUUCUCUCGAGGUACAUAACCGGGCGGAUGCUUCAUUUUCCAGGACUAAAUUUCAUGGGGUAAAGGUUGAGUCACCAGGAAAAAGACCGGAUAUAAUUUCUAAAUUAGAGGCUAGGGAAAUGACUGACGUGGCUAAUAAAGCUACCAAAGAGCCUGUAGGGACUUAUAGCAAUAUGGGAUUUUUUGCCUCGCUGGCUCGAGGCACAAGUAUGGACAAUCCGCACAAUUCCGGUAACCCUGGCAGGUUUCAUACGUCUGCUGCUGCCCUACCGGUUGGUCUCCAGCAUCUUCAGGAAGAGACCCUCCAGAAAACAUUCUCAAGAGAGACCGCACAGCUGCUAUUAAGAGAGAACAGGAGAAGUCAGCCUAGCGGGAAAGCUCUAGCUGAAGCAACACCCCUGUUUCCUCCAAUCGUAUCAAGUUUUCAGAGUAAAAAGAAAGGCGUAAACCGCUGUCAUGUUUGCGGGAGGAAAACGGGACUAGCGACCAGCUACGAAUGCAGAUGUGGAAACAACUUCUGUGCAUCCCACCGCUAUGCAGAGACUCACAGGUGCACGUAUGAUUAUAAGGCUUCAGGAAGGAGACGCCUGCAAGACUCCAAUCCUAUAGUGAGUGCACCGAAACUUCCUAAAAUCUAGCCCCGCGCGCGGCACUACGGACACGUCUUGCCUCCUUUUUAGAACACUUGCCCAGCAGCAGCUGUUUCCGUUUUACUGAAGAAGAAUGUGAAUGUUACUUAACACUCGCUCCUUUUUAAUGGAAAAAAUCUAAAGUUUCUGGUUUUAAUUUUUUUUUUUUCUUUCACUUUAAUUUCUGUUUUAAAGAAUGAUUUGUUUGGUGUUUUUUUAUAUAGCAGGCAAAUUCUAUUUCACUAGACAAAUCUUUGAAAAGAUGCACUUUACUGACUGAUAUUUACUGUGUAACCAGAGGAAUCUCUUCUAUGUGUGCGUUUGUCCUUAUUUUUUAUGUUUAAAUUAUUUCUACCUUUCCCUUAUGUUGUGGCUUUUUUGUCAGACUUGCAGUAUGUGAUACCGACAAGGCGGCAGCGGUUGCUAAUUUCAUUGGGGGAAUAACUAGUUGUUUUGCUAUUUUUUUUUAUCUGAUUCUUAAUGUCUUCUGAUUUAUAUAUAAAUAAAUAUUGCCUUUUAGUGUAUAA